AUGGAUUCGGUUGUUUUAAUAUCCAAGGAUCAGAUUGAAUUUGAGAUUUCAAAAGAAUCUGCAAUAUUAUCACCUACUUUAAAGACCAUGCUUGAAGGUCCAUUUAUUGAAAAAAAUGGUAAGAUUGAGCUUAAUGAUAUAGAAUCAGAGGUUUUAUCUAAAAUUAUUGAUUUUUUGAAUUAUAAGCUUAAAUAUAAGGAUGUCGAUUCCAACACUGAUAUACCUGAGUUUGAAAUACCGACUGAAAUGUCACUUGAAUUAUUAUUAGCUGCUGAUUAUUUGCAGUUAUAG